GAUCUGUAGUUUUUAUUUUCGACGUUCGGUGUCAUGGUCUUGCACAUGCUCUUGGUCACGUCUCAAAAAGAGAAGGACUACUACAAAUUCAGCCCGCGUUCUACGGAUUCCAAUUCUUUGCCAUGAGCUGUUAUUAAACUUAAAGCACGACUCUGCCUUUCCUCGCCACCGAUCACUUGAAGCAUCUCUGACCACAGGAGCACCUCAUUGUUGUUUCUGUGUCGACCACGUUGUGCAGCUCAAUGCUGAUGUUGGUCCCUUCACUUGAUACAACUACGUGAUAAAUACCGCUAGUUGCAAUACUCCUGCCUCUUCUAAGUUGUGCCUUCUUGUUUUCGCGGCCUACUACAUCACAACUACAUAAUUGACUGCAAGCAACAAGUUGUCAACUAAUAGACGAGGAGUUCUUGUUGCGCGCUCACCAUUUCUACAGCGAGAAAUCGAGUUUCGUUAUCAAUGAAUGCAGUUCUUCGCUCGUGGUCCUAAUGCGCCAUCGUGGCCGUCCCACAGAAGAGGGCUAUGCAUUGCAAAAGUAUCGUACUCGUAUAAAUGCAUUACAAAUUAUUUCCUCAGCAUGAGAAAGAAAAAUUGGUAAUGCAGAUUCGCCUUGGAAACAAGAUUUGUAAUGCAAGGCCCGCAUUUCUUGUACGAGUUGUACGAUACUUUUGCACAGGAUAAGGGCUCGUCCUCGUGAGCAACCUCUUGUUUUGCCCGCCUCUACUGCGGAAAUGGUUCUUUUUGCUUGGUUCCGUCAGCACCGCCUCCAACGAUGGCAGCUCUACUACGCCUUUUCGGGCGUCCGCAACGAUCCCGGCGGCGACCGCGCUCUUCACCUGGUCGGGAGACGAGGAUGAGGAUAACAGCGCAAUUAUCCUGAGUAAAAACGUCCCCACCCCAUAGUUGUCAUGCAGAUUUGCGAUUACAGGAAGAUUUGUAAUGCGCAUCUCCGUGGGAGGCAUUUCCAGUUGCGUUUUGGAAUUUGUAAUGCUGUAAACGGGAUGAGCAGAUGGCUUUGUGAUGCGGCUGCACUUGCUAAACUGCACUACACUACGGACUGGAAUUUGUCAUGCGUUGCUCCCAAAGCCUCUGGGUUUGUGUUGCUAAGUUCCCAACUUGACUAUGGGGUGGGGACGUUUUUACAUAUGAUAGCAAUCUGGGAAGAUGUGGAGCGAGAAAGUUUCUUGCAAGAUGAGGAAGAGUAUGACUUGCAAAAGUUGUACUAGCAUAAAGUGCAAUACAAAUUGGCUCAGCAUUGCGGAUUUACAUAUAGCGCCUAGAUUUGUAAUGCAUAAUUAACAGCAAUGAGUACUAGCACGCUACUUUUGCAACGCAUAAAGAGGAUUGGUCCACCGCCGGGACGGAGGUUGGAACCGGAGCGGGGACGACAACAAGAACGGCGAGGAAGAGAGCCACGAAAACUGCAAGUAAAAAAACCGCUGGUGUGGUAAUAGACGAUGGCGAAGAAGCAACAGCUCCUGAGAAGGAGGAAGAACUACCGGAAGCAGCAGGAGAUGACGUAGUAGGUGACGCAGCAAAAGCAAUACGACCAGAUGAAGACAAAGAGGAAGGUCUACUUCCAGAAGUAGAACCUCCAGAUAAACAAGAGGACCAAGACCGUGAAGUAGAUGAACCCAGCAAAACUGCAUCCUCGUCCUCCCCCCGAGAUGCCGCUGCUGCAGCAACCUCAACAUCUUCAGACUCCGACGACCCCGAAAUAUGCAUUGCAAAAGAAUCGUACUAGGAGAGAUAGCAUUUAACAAAUUUUUUUAAGAAUAAAAACGCAACCUGUGAUGCUAAAUCAGGUGGAAUAUUAGAUUUGUCUUGCACGGUUGCUGCAAUUAUACUACGAGUGCGAUAGUACUUUUACAAUGCAUACGAAAAGUCCGUCUACGAAAGGGGGUUGUAUCCGAAAGACCCGGAUUUCACACGACAAGUGAACUGCGACUUUUCAUAUGCAAUACAAAUUUCCCGUACAUCAUGUACAAGAUGCAUCACAAAAAAAAAAGAUGCAUCACAAUUUUCACCAAUUUAGGGCGUAACACUUCAUCAUGCUAAACCAGGAUCGGAGCCAAGUUUUGUGAUGCAGAGACCGCAUGUGUACGUGUACGGGAAAUUUAUUGUGGAUAUUUCAAGGCCAGAAUGGCAGCAGUACCGGCACGUUUACGAAGUAGCGCUGAACCGGGAGGACCAACAUGACGACGACACGAGAAGCAACCAAGAAAAGAUCAACGAGCUAAUCCAGUCCACGAGGAUACUGUCGUCUGUCUUAUGGGCACGCGCGAGAAACGUGACCGAUAUUUUGACCUGCAACGUCGGGAUUAUCGCGGGUUAUCAGCGCCUCUCGCACGCGCUGCUGAUCGCGGGUCUCGGUCCCAAAACCGCACUGUACCGCUACCGGUUGUUGCAGUUAGCUCUGAUCUAUGAACUGCAAAAGUAUCGUAAUCGUAUAAAUGCAUUACAAAUCUUCUCAGCAUGAGAUUGAGAAAUAAAAUCUGUGAUGCUGAUUUGCCUUGACAAAGAAAUUUGUAAUGCAAGACCUGCAUUUAUACGAGUCCGACACUUGUUUUGCACAGCAUAUGAUCUUCAUUUUCACACUGAGAAACGCGAACAAGAUACCGAAAGUCGCAGGGGAGUAUUGGGCAGCGUCGGAGCAUAUGCAUUGCAAAUAUGUCUGGGUCUGGAAUAAACUUGUGAUGCGGGUUAGCGAAUCUUAACGACGCCGCAAUUGACGGCCCAGCAUGACAGGUUUCAUCAGGGGUGCUAGGUGUUGUCUAUUCUGCAUGACAAACUGCGUUUCUGCAUGAUAGAAAAGUUGUGAGGCUUUUGGGUGAGUUGCAUCACAGGCUUGAGAUUCAUGCCAGGCUAGCAUGACAAAUCUCGCAAUCUUCCAGACGCAGAUGACAUGAUUGCAUUUGAUAGAGCAGUACAUUAUUCCGAAUAUCAUGGCGAUAAGAAGACACGUGGAGCAGGUGGAAUUGCAGCAACGGAAGGAAAGAGAGUGGUUCACCGGCAGAACCGUCGCGAACACCUUUAGAGACCCGAACAUGCGAAUAGCGAUCGUCAGUAUCUGCGCCUACCCGCCGACAAGUACUUAUGAUAUAAAUACUGAUGCAUUUUUGUGGUCAUGCGAAUGGUUUGUGAGAAUUUUGUAGCUGGUUGUAGUUCGACUUCAUCAGCGAGAGAAGAAUCUUGUGCCAUCCCACAAUUUGAAUCCCGUGCAAUUGCAAACUAAAUGCGAAUGCUUCUCUUUCAACUACUACAAAUCAGGUGACAUUGCUUUGAAGGACGUCACACCCGUUAACCGCGAGGUCUACGCUAUCAUUUGUCAAAACGUCCCCGCCCCCGGGUUGUGAUGCAGAUUUGCAAUCACAGGAACAUUUGUAAUGCGCAUCUCCAUAAGAGGCGUUUGAACCGCCUCUCAUGGAGAUGCGCAUUACAAAUGAGAAACGCCGCGUUUCUAGUCGUGUUUUGGAAUUUGUAAUGCUGUAACCAGGAUAAGCAGACGGAUUUGUGAUUCACGUUUGUCCUUGCUAGCCCGCACUACGCUAGUACAGACUGCAACUUGUAAUGCGUGAGGCCCGAAAGCGAAGCUGCUAGGUUUGUGUUGCAAAAUCCCCACUCUGGGGUGGGGAUGUUUUUGCAGAGGAUAUACGCAAGGAAACACGGCUACGCGUUGCGGCUACACACCGAGCCGCCCUUAUCGCACGAAAAAACUGUUUCACUGUGAACUUGUAAUGCAGAAACUGCAUCUCAGAAGUGUUUGUGUUUGUCUUGCUACACAUGCAAGACUGGGAGUUUUUAGCUGCGUUUUCCCUUAGGAACCUCGCAUGGCAAGUUUUGUGUGUCAUGUGUAACAAACUUGUGAUGCAGAUCUUGCAAAAUCAUCACAGUGAAACAGUUUUUUCAUACGAUAACCCCUGCUGGGCGGGAACGUGCAGAUUCAGCACGCGAAGCUAGCGACCGUGAACCACUACGUAUAGAAGCUUCUAGUUUGCCAUGCGUAUUAUAUCACCAAAAGAAAGUUUUUGUCAUGCGUACUUGACAUGACAAUCAUUUACAACCCAAAAAAUCAUUCCAGAUCCGCAGCGGUGAAUUUGAUUGGGUCGUGUGGCUCGAUUGCGACAGUUAUCAACUGCAAAAAUGUCUGGGUCUGGAAGAUCGUAACUUGUCGUGCUAGAUCUGAAUCCUGUAAAAGUCUGUGUUGCGUGAUUACCAAAAGCUGUCCAGUUUUGACCUAAUCGAGAGGCAGUUGCUCAUGCAGGAUAGGCAUGGCAAAGACCUCACAAAGUCUGUCAUGCUAGGUCCCGCAUUCAGGAACUCGUGGGUCAUGGAAGUCCUGCCAUUACAAGUUUGCACUGUUCCAGACCCAGACACUUUUGCAUUUGAUAACAGUUUAAUCAUGAACCUGGACCACACCAUUGAUUCCAUCAUUUACCGGGCCGCCGGAAAAUGGUCCUCGAACAACUUUUAUCACGUGCAAAUAAAGUAUCGUACUCGUAUAAAUGCAUUACAACUUUCCUUAGCAUGAGAAAAAAAGAUUUGUAAUGCUGAUUUACCUUGAGAAAAAGAUUUGUAAUGCAUGACUGCAUACGAGUACGAUACUUUUGCACAGGAUAACUUUGCGGGCGAGUGGAAGGACACCUGGGACCCGAACGUGAUCGAGAUCAAAGUGAACGAGAACGUAUGCAGUGCAAAAGCAUCGUGAUCGUAUAAAUGCAUUACAAGUUUCCAGGAAACUUCCUCAGCAUGAGAAAUAAAAUUUGUAAUGCUGGUUGACCUCAAGGAAAAGACUUGUAAUGCAUGAUUGGAAUACGAGUACGAUACUUUUGCACAGGAUAAAACGAGGUGACCGCGAAAGCGAUCCAGUUUGGUACCGCGACCGGCCACAUGGAGGGGAAAACGUUGGUGAUGGAGUUUGAAAACGCCAUGGAGCCGUUAGAAGGACAGCUGCAGCAGACGGAAGAAGGGGAUAUCAUUCAGUGGAGCAACGGAGCGGUUUGGCACAGAACCCGGAAUUAUCUACUGCAAAUAUGUCUGGGUCUGGAACAUGGCAACUUGUCAUGCCAAAUCUGAAUCAUGUAAAGAUCUGUGUUGCAGGAUUACCAAAAGCUGGCCACUUUUGACCAAGUUGGCCGGGGGUUUCUCAUGCAGAAUAGGCAUGAUAGAGGUGAGUAAGUCAUGUCUCUAGAGACUGGAGGUCUCACAGACGGCGCAGAAAUCCAUGCUAGAAGACAAGAUUGAGAUAGAGAAAAUGAGGUCUCACAGAAUCUGUCAUGCUAGGUCCUGCAUUUUUGCAGGCCUCAUGCGUCAUGUAACACCUGCAUGACAAGUUUGCAUCUUUCCAGACCCAGACAUAUUUGCAAUGCAUAGGAAAAUCGAGCCUUGCUUGAACCCAGCGGACUGUCCGGAAUUGAAAGGCUUGGACGAUAGCAUUGACUUGCUGAUAACAGAAGAAUAUCCAUUGCAAAAGUUUCACCAUCGGGCGCGUAGUACUCAUGGCGAUGUCGCAUGACAAAUAGAAGUUUCUUACCUGAAUCAGCAUUGCAAACGUCAUUUUUGCUUGCCGCGAAUGAAAAAUUGGUGAUGCAAGGUGCUUAUACUAGUACGACACGGAUGUACAACUUUUGCGUUCCAUAAAGAAGGCUGGGGACUCAGCAGCGCCAACUGGAUGGUAUCGAUACAUUAUAGCGAUUUGGUUAUUGGCACUUUCAUGCAAGAGCGAGCUGAUGCUAGAAAGCACUUACUCGUAGCUUGGGCUAGCUAGCCGUCCGUGGACUUGUCCUCACUGUUUCUUGGGUACGAUUACGUAUAGAUCGAUUCACUUCUACGCGAUAUUCAUCCUUGGAGAAAACAUGGGAGUUCUUCGCGAAUUUUGGGAACGAUAAAAACAAAAUUUUGGAAUUUCGCGGAUUUUUGAAAGUGGUAAAAAUAAAAUUUGAAAGUUUCGUGGGUUUCUAGUAGCUUUCAUUUCAGAUUGGGCGUGCACGAGCAUGGUUUUGUUAUGAAUGUGUCUACCCAAGAACUCCUUACGGCUCAGAUUCUUAUCCCUGAGCCCUCGCCUCGAACAUUGUCAUUUGUCAAGGUGGCAAUUAAAAUUAAAAUUUUGAAGUUUCGCGGAUUUGCCAGCUGGCCUCCAGCUUGGCCAGGCAAAAUCGCCUACUUUUUCGACAAGUGAAAUCGACCAUAGCGUGGAGGGAGCGAACGCGCGAAGGGUAUUUUGGUCCAGCCAUGCUAGUCCAGCUGGCCAGGCAAAAUCGUCUAUUUUUUCGACACGUCAAAUCGGCCAUAGCCUCGGGGGAACGAAAACGCGCGCGCUAUUUUGGCCCGGCCGAGCUGGCCCAGCUUGGCCAGGCAAAAUCGUCUCCUUUUUCGACACGCCAAAUCGACCAUAGCCUCGGGGGAACGAAAACGCGCGCGCUAUUUUGGCCCGGCCGACCUGGCCCAGCUUGGCCAGGCAAAAUCGUCUCCUUUUUCGACACGCCAAAUCGACCAUAGCCUCGGGGGAACGAAAACGCGCGCGCUAUUUUGGCCCGGCCGAGCUGGUCCAGCUUGGCCAGGCAAAGUCGUCUACUUUUUCGACACGCCAAAUCGACCAUAGCCUCGGGGGAACGAAAACGCGCGCGCUAUUUUGGCCCGGCCGACCUGGCCCAGCUUGGCCAGGCAAAAUCGUCUCCUUUUUCGACACGCCAAAUCGACCAUAGCCUCGGGGGAACGAAAACGCGCGCGCUAUUUUGGCCCGGCCGAGCUGGCCCAGCUUGGCCAGGCAAAGUCGUCUACUUUUUCGACACGUCAAAUCGACCAUAGCCUCGGGGGAACGAAAACGCGCGCGCUAUUUUGGCCCGGCCGAGCUGGCCCAGCUUGGCCAGGCAAAGUCGUCUACUUUUUCGACACGUCAAAUCGACCAUAGCCUCGGGGGAACGAAAACGCGCGCGCUAUUUUGGCCCGGCCGAGCUGGCCCAGCUUGGCCAGGCAAAAUCGUCUACUUUUUCGACACGUCAAAUCGACCAUAGCCUCGAGGGAACGAAAACGCGCGCACUAUUUUGGCCCGGCCGAGCUGGCCCAGCUUGGCCAGGCAAAAUCAGCUACUUUUUCGACACGUGAAAUCGAUCAUAGCCUCGGGGGAACGAAAACGCGCGCGCUAUUUUGGCCCGGCCGAGAUAGCCCAGCUUGGCCAGGCAAAAUCGUCUACUUUUUCGACACGUCAAAUCGACCAUAGCGCCGCGGGAGCGAACGCGCGGAGGACAUUUUGGCCCGGCCAAGCUGGCCUCCAGCUGGCGAGGCAAAGUCGGCUACUUUUUGGGCGGGCGAAAUCGACCAUAGCCUCGAGGGAAUGAAAACGCGGAGGACAUUUUGGCCCGGCCAAGUUGGACUCCAGCUGGCUAGGCAAAGUCGGCUACUUUUUGGGCGGGUGAAGUCGACCAUAGCGCCGCGGGAGCGAACGCGCGGGGGGCAUUUCGGCCCGGCCAAGCUGGACUCCAGCUGGCGAGGCAAAGUCGGCUACUUUUUGGGUGGGCGAAAUCGACCAUAGCCUCGAGGGAACGAAAACGCGGAAGACAUUUUGGCCCGGCCAAAUUGGACUCCAGCGAGCUGGCUAGGCAAAGUGGGCUACUUUUUGGGCGGGUGAAGUCGACCAUAGCGCCGCGGGAGCGAACGCGCGGAGGACAUUUUGGCCCGGCUCAGCUGGCCAGCAAGAGUCGGCUCGGCCCAGCUGGGCCAGGUAAAGUCGCCAACUUUUUCUUGGGCGGUGGCGAAAUGGGCCAUAGCGGCGAGUUCGACGACAACAAAACAUAACGAAACUGACAGGUUCGUCGUUCUCAUUGGACCAUCAAUUUCCUGGAUCAAGCGCUCGACGUUGCCCAUGUCCAGAUCCUAUGUAUUGCAAAAGUACCGUACUACCGUACUAGCAUAUAGUGAUCAAUUCGGUCAGCAUCAGGAAUGGAAUUUGUAAUGCGGACGCAGCUUAGGAAAGGGAUUUGUAAUGCAUAAAUACAAUUGCUACGAGUGCGACACUUUUGCACACCAUAGAUCCCGCUUUUUGGUGACCAAGAUGCGAUCAUUUACCUGGUCAUGAACGACCAAACUAUGAGAGUGCACAACCCCCCCUCCCGGUCCCGCUCAUUUCCAUUUGCCAUGCAAAAUCCCAAAUCUACCUCUUGUAUGUUAGCACUUUUUGCAUGACAGAUUCCGACAGCCAAAACAGCACUACAAUCCUCCAGGAAUUUGUCAUGCAAAAGCUGCAGCUUUGCCAGCGCUUGCGUUGCUGUUCAUGCAACACAACUGAGGGGGACGAGGGGGAUUUGUGCACUCUCAUACAAACCCUGCGAGGUUUAACCGACGUAUUGGCCGACGAUGCGGAGCAGAUCACUUCCUUAAAGGAAAGCGAGCAACUCCCGGACCCUUUGGACAGUCACGUGCGCGUGAUCCCGCAACGGGAACUGAAUGCGUAUGAUCUAUGGCGUUCUCAUCAAAUGUUAAACUCUCAGCUAAUACAUGGCUUGUCAUGCAAAAACACUAUCACCCUUCACACGAUCAAGCCUUCUUCGAAUGACAACUUCUCGACGCGCUACAUAGAACUACAAUACGCCGCCCCAAAUCUGUAAUGCAAAAGUCGCAAUCUUCCUCCACUCCUUUGCCUUUCACUUUUGCCAUUGUUGCAUUACAAAUUUAUGUAGCAGCUGAGAAUCAAUGUAACGUUUGAGAACUCGAUAUGAUCAUCUAAACGCGUACACCAUGGACGUGGAUUAUGAAAGUGCACAACUCCCCCUCCCCCUCGUUUGUCAUGCAAAAUCCCAAAUCCACUUGCUGCCCUGUAGCACUGGUGAUUACGUGUAUGGGAGUCAGCAUGGUGAUUACGUGUAUGGGAGUCAGCAUACACGUAGAGUUGUGAUCUCCUUCGGGUCGGUUUUCUUCUUGUGUCGCUUUCUUUUGUGCCACCGGCGUUCUUCAACAAGAAGACUUUCUCGCGCCUGAUUGUCUGGUAUGCAUGUGAGAAUUUGUAUGUCGAUUUGGUUGCACGGGACUGAGACUGAACAGACGGCGAGCGUUUUCAGUUUUGACGUGUAUCGGAACUGACACUACAGUGGCCAGCUCGAAUAGAGCUUGUUCGUUCCUUGUGGCUUUCGUGUUCCCCUGUCUGUGCCAUGGGUCUAUGAGAGACUUCGACGUAGAAGUAGUAACGGUAGUUUUGUAAUCCACGUAUUUUUCGCGUGGUUGUCCUAGGUGAGCUAGCACCCGUGUCCGUGGACAACCAUCUAAGACGCGGAAAAUAGCGAGCACUUUAGUUUUUGGCUUUCUCUGGUUUGGUCAUGAUUUUUGGACCGCUUCUUAGGGUGGUCGAGAAAGCCAGACUAAAGACGGCACGGGCAGAAGUGGAUCGGUUUAGAAGCGCGCUAGUAUGUAGUGUUAGUUAAGGUAGAUUAUAGUUAUUUUAGCUUGGAUUAAAUAGUUUAUUUCCCGUCUUGGGGUUUGUAAUGUAGUUGCUCCGCCCUUGUUGUUUCGGGCUUGUUCCGACCUUUUGCAUGAUCUGAUGCUGUCUCGGUCGGUGGUGUGUGUGGUUUCAUCUCUGCUCCCUCGGUUGCGGACGUUUUUGCAUUUGUCCGCUGCGACAGUUCGCCUUGUUUGCAGCUGCUCGCCAUGAAAGCAACUACAUUACAUCUUGCCUCACUUUUUUGAGAUGGGUUCUUUCGUAUCUAGGACUGUGCCAUAGUAGAUGACUUUACCGCUUUUUUACUUUUCUUUUAUCCCUCAGCGCUGGUGGGUCUGCCGGCAAAAUUAUCCCUACUCAGAUAGCUACAAAGCUCAUUCCGCAGCCGUCCCAGGAGCUCUUGUGGCUGUCUCUCGGUAGUGAUCGCUUUGCCCGUGCUUAUUCCGCUCAGAGUUUGCUGGGUAGGUGGUUACCGUUUGUAGCUUUUAUAAAGAAAUGGGACGCCCUGCCCUUAGCCUUCCAACAUGACAAAUUCCGGAAGCCCAAAGAGUAAUACACAAGGCGCAUAAAUUUGCCAUGCAUAGGCUCCAUGUGUGCUGGUGUCUGUAUUGCUGCUCAUGCCAUACAAAUGAGGGGAAGGGGGAGUUGUGCACUGUCAUAUGGAUGGGUACCAGUUCGGCGAUCUGCUCGUUACCUUCCCACAGUGCAAGGACGCGAGCUGCAACGCGUUGUUCCACCUCGCCGCGGAGUACGCGCACGAACGGGACGAGUUCGCGUUCAAUCCCCACGACUGGACGCACGUCCGGCUGUUUGGACCGAGGGACUUGGUCGCCAUGUGGUGGCGGAGACAUAUGGAGGAGGAGAGGAGGCGGGAAAACGAAAAUGAGGAUGAGGACGACAACGACGAUGAAAAUGCUAGCGGUAAUAAAGCGGAACAGGAUGAUGUUGAGGAAGACGAUAACGAUGCAGCGAGUACAACAAGUUCUAACCCGGCGAAAAUCUCUGUUCGGGGGGAGGAGCAGCAACAGGAGGAGUCGUUACUUUCCUCCGUCGAGGGACUGGAAGAUGACGUGUACGAGGAAGGGAACAACCCUGCUGACGAGGCAGAGGCUGGCGUGGACGCGGAGACAGGAGAGGACGUCCUAGAUGCAGGGCAACAAGAUCUUCAUGACGACCAGUACGAUGAUGAACCAGGAGUAGAACCAGGAGUAGAACAACCCGAGGAUCCGGAACUAGAAGGGGGAGUAGAUGAAAACGAGCACCUUGCUGAGCCUGAAAUCAUGGAAGAGGAAGAGCAUUUCACUGGGGACGGGGAAGGCUUUGAAGAGACCUACGAUGCUGGGGGCGGGACUGUGGAGGAUGAGUAA